AUGAGGCUCCUCGCCGCCGUUGCGCUGGCAUUGACAAGCUGCGUCUAUGCUACGAAGUCCAAUAGCACCUUGGCCACGCACGUCUUGCCGAACAAUUUUAUUCCUCCUCAGGUUUUUAAGAACUUGAACCUCCUGCGAAACAUCAAUCUUGAAAAAGGAUACCCCAGAGAAACUAUCAAUAUCCUUGUAGAAAACGCUGGCGACACACCACAGUCCAAAUACUACGUACCUUUCUCGAGCGAGGUUAUAAGCAAAGUUGGGGGCUUCGAGGCUUGGGAGAAGAAUGCAGAAAGCAAUGGGAAAUUUAAGGUAGAGCGGACACAUAUCCGUUCUCAAAAUUCGAAUCAAUACUUCAUCAUACACCUUCGCACACCCCUUCCACCUUCGUCGCGAUUGAGCCUUAGCCUCUCCUACUACCUCCUUUCCGCUAUAGAGCCGCUUCCCGCCGCCAUUGAACAAGAUGCCAAACAGUACCUUGUAUACGACUUUUCCGCCUAUGCUCCCUCUGCCUACGUAACAAAUAUGCAGCGGACAAAACUCAAGUUCCCCUCCAUAAAUGUUCCCGAUUAUACUGUCACAAAUGGAUUGAAGCCCGGCUCCGAGUCCGACCCUGAAAAGCAAGGCAGUACUUUUACUUAUGGCCCAUACAAGACCGUGGACAUUACCCCUGGAACGGCGGAACCGGUGACUGUGCGAUAUGAGUUUUCUAGGCCCGUUAUUAUGUCCACGCUUCUUGAGCGUGAUAUUGAAGUAUCACACUGGGGCGGAAAUCUUGCAACAGAGGACAGGUACUGGCUUCAAAACAACGGCGCUCACCUUGCCAAACAAUUCUCCCGAGUAGCCUGGUCAAUGAAGACGUUAGAGAACAGUCCCAGCGUUGCAAUCAGUGCGCUUCGAGUUAUUCUGACGCCAGGAGCCGUGGACCCAUACUUUAUCGAUGACAUUGGAAACGUAUCAACGAGCCGUUUCUCUCCCGGUCGUGGGAAAGGGGGCGGACUUCUCGAUAUCCGCCCACGUUUCCCCAUUUUCGGGGGCUGGAAAUAUAGCUUCCGUAUUGGUUGGAACGAAGCUUUGUCUUCUUUUUUACGAAAAUCUAAAAGUGACGAUACUUAUAUUUUAAAAGUUCCGUUUCUUGAUUGCCCUAAAAUGCCUGAGGGUAUUCAGUAUGAGAAGUUGGACUUGCGAGUGAUCCUACCGGAAGGGGCGAGCGAGGUGAAGUAUGAGUUGUUCGGGGGAGUUGGUGUGCCAAAUGAUAUCCACUCGGAGAUUUUGCUUCAUAAAACCUUCAUGGACACGCUUGGAAGAACGGUACUGAAACUAACUGCCACCAAUAUCGCUGACGAAGCGAGGGAUGUUCAACUCAUCGUCACCUAUAAUUACCCUUUUGCGGCUUCUUUGCGCAAACCAAUUACUAUAUUCGUGGGUGUGCUAAGUGUUUUUGUUGCUGCAUGGGCUAUUAGCAAUGUCGAUGUUAGCAUCAAAAAGAGGUAA